AUGGCGGCGGCGGCGGCGGCGGAGGCGGCCCCUACCCACCCCGCGCAGGCGUCUGUGACCUUCGAGGACGUGGCCGUGACCUUCUCCCAGGAGGAGUGGGGGCAGCUGGACGUGGCCCAGAGGACCCUGUACCAGGAGGUGAUGCUGGAGACCUGCAGGCUCCUGGUGUCUCUGGGGUGCCCCGUGCCCAGACCCGCGCUGACCUGCCCGCAGGAGCUGGAGCAGGAGCUGUGGGCGGUGAGGACUGAUCUCUCCCAAGGCGCCUGUCCAGGUGACAAAGAAAAAUUCAAAACCACAGAAACUACCACUUGUGAGCCAACCCUGUGUGAGAGAUUCUCGGCCCGGGAACAGCUGACGCAGAAAGUUCCAGGGGACUCCCAAGGAGACCAAACCAGGGACCAGUGUGGCCCAUCAGAAGUGUCCCUGCAGGAAAGACACUUGAGGCCAGGGGUAGAUCCACCAAGGAAGAAGCUCCCUGGGAGCCCUGACCAUGGCAGCUCAGGGACACCUGAGGGUGCGGGUGUGAAGACUGUGCAGGAGCCAGUCCCUCCCAGAGGUGCUGUCCUGGACCACGGUUCACGUGAAUUACGCAAAGAUCCCACCAUUCAAGAAGAGGAAAAUACCUUUAAAUGCAAUGAAUGUGGGAAAGCGUUUAACAAGAAACACCUUCUUGCGGGACAUGAAAAGAUUCACUCUGGAGUGAAGCCCUAUGAGUGCACAGAGUGUGGGAAAACCUUUAUUAAGAGCACGCACCUCCUUCAGCACCACAUGAUCCACACCGGGGAGAGGCCCUAUGAGUGCAUGGAGUGUGGGAAGGCCUUCAACCGCAAGUCAUACCUGACACAGCACCAGCGGAUUCACAGUGGAGAGAAGCCCUACAAGUGCAACGAAUGUGGGAAGGCCUUCACCCACCGCUCCAAUUUUGUCCUGCAUAAGAGGAGGCACACUGGAGAGAAAUCCUUUGUCUGCAAAGAAUGUGGGCAAGUUUUUCGACACAGGCCAGGAUUUCUUCGACAUCACAUCGUCCACAGCAGCGAGAACCCCUACGAGUGCUUCGAGUGCGGGAAGGUCUUCAAACACAAGUCCUACCUCAUGUGGCACCAGCAGACCCACACGGGGGAGAAGCCCUACGAGUGCAGCGAGUGUGGGAAAACCUUCUGUGAGAGCGCGGCCCUCAUCCACCACUACGUCAUCCACACGGGGGAGAAGCCCUUCGAGUGCACAGAGUGCGGGAAGGCCUUCAACCACCGGUCGUACCUCAAGAGGCACCAGCGCAUCCACACCGGGGAGAAGCCGUUUGUGUGUACGGAAUGUGAUAGGGCCUUCACCCACUGCUCCACGUUCAUCCUGCACAAGCGGGCCCACACGGGGGAAAAGCCGUUUGAGUGUAAGGAAUGCAGCAAAGCCUUCAGCACUAGGAAAGACCUCAUUCGGCACUUCAGCAUCCACACCGGGGAGAAGCCCUACGAGUGCGGGGAGUGCGGGAAGGCCUUCAACCGCAGGUCAGGCCUCACGAGGCACCUGCGGAUUCACAGCGGAGAGAAGCCCUACGAGUGCAGUGAGUGUGGUAAAUCCUUCUGCUGGAGCACCAACCUCAUCCGACACGCCAUCAUCCACACCGGGGAGAAGCCCUAUAAGUGCAGUGAGUGUGGGAAGGCCUUCAGUCGUAGCUCAUCCCUCACUCAGCAUCAAAGGAUGCAUUCUGGGAGAAACCCUGUCAGUGUGACCCAAGUGGAAAGGCCCUUCCCAAGUGGUCAGACUGCGCUCACUCUCCGAGAACUUCUGUUGGGGAAAGACUUUCUGAGUGUAAACACCGAGGGAAAUCUGGUGCCAGAGAAAACAUCCACCACAGCAUCAGAUUGCACCUACCAAAGAGACACCCCACGGGAAUCUUCACUGUGA